AAGCCGAGCGGCGGUUGGCGGCGCCCAUCCCCCACGGUAAAUACGAGUCUUUGGUCGCGGUGAAUUGACUGAACGGAGCCGAAAACUUGCGCCGCUGCUACUUGGAAUGGUCUGGCGUUUUCUUUCUUUUCCGAUGCGAACACAAACUGAACGGCUAACAAAGCACUACGGAGAAAACUUUAAUACUUCAGCUUCAUCGGUACUGGAACAAUUCACUGACCGCAAGGGAAGGAUUGUGUUCUGAUAACGGUACCGUUGACUGGCAGUUGCGAGCAGAAACAAUACAAUCCAACUGACCAGUGGGAAUAAAAAAAUGAGCCAGUGGUUCGUUCAUUUUCGAGAAUAACAAGAUCCACAAACAGCGCGGACAUGAGGAACGUGGACCAAGGGGAUAAAUGAAACGGUAGGCGACGCGCUCGCAGCCUGGGUGUGUGCGGCAUUGGCAAAGCAGCAGAAGGUUCGUCAGAUGCGGCUACCAGCAUCGAAGCGCUGCGACUCUACAAGUGGUACGGAUGCCUCGGGCUGCGGCUGCUGUACAAAGACGAAAGCAUACGGGAGUCCGUAUAUCGAAUUUAAGACCACCACUGGGGCUAGCAUCUUAGCCGAUUAUCACUACACCGAAGUCCCGUGCGCGUCUUUUUGACUUGGCAACCUUUUGCAUUUUUUUUGGCUCUGCUCUUUAACACCUGCCAGGCACCUUUUUUGCAUUGUGCAUAGGUGAACAGACUUGUUGAGGAACGGCUCAAAGGUUGCUGUUGGUAUUUAAAGCCUAGAAGGUUCCUAUUUCGCAUUUGCAUCUCGUGACAGAAGAACACCCCUGGAAAAAGAACCGUAGAACAAAUUAGAAACGCGAUGCGGAAUAACGACGACAUGGAUGGAUUUGACGGCGAGGCCUCCAAUACGUCAAUGAUUUCUGGGGCCACCAGCCCUUACCAACCGACCACAGAACCGGUCCUGCAAAGACAUGGGCUGGGCAGCAUCAGGUGCGACACGGAAUACCUGAAAUCCAACUUCGGUAUCCUGAAAGUCUGUGAAGUGGUUUUGUCAAUGAUGGCUUUCAUCUGCAUAGAGACCAUUAUGCAGUGUGCACCUUGUGGAAGUCUAUACUUUUUUGAAUUUGUGAGCUGUAGUGCAUUUGUCGUUACAGGGAUUCUUUUGCUAAUCUUCAGCCUGAACCUAAACUCUAAACUACCACAGAUCAACUGGAGCCUUACAGAUCUGGUUAACACUGGAGCUAGUAUGUUUUUCUUCUUCCUUGCAUCAGUUGUGUUGGCAGCUUUAAACCAUCGACUGGGAGCUGAAAUUACUGCAGUGGUGUUUGGCUUCUUGGUUACAAUCGUAUAUGCCUUCAAUACAUUUUUGGCAGUAAAGAAAUGGCAGUUGAAUAGCCGGAGGAUGAAUGUAGGGCAGUCAAGUGAAUAUACACGUGCCAGGACAGAGUCUCGGGGUGAGGUGGAAUCCAGACCAGAGAUUCAACGACUAGAAGCCUGAAAAUGGAAAAGAACAAUAACACAUCGGUCCACCUUUCUCCUCAUCGUCUUCAAUGAUCCUUUGAAAAGCUGGAGAUCAUUCUUAGUAUUUAAAAAAAAAAAAUCCUACAAUUUCAAGCUUGUAUAGCUACAAAAUCAAUAAGGAUUUUUCUCAAAAAAAUAUUUCAUACUUUUGCUAUGGUGCAUUUUUUAAUUUAUUACCUUUUUAUCAUAUAUCUUGUUUAUAGUUUAAAUAAGAGCACCUGGGAAUAAAAAACAAAUCAAUUUUUUAUUUUUAUUUUUUAUAUAUUGUAUGGAAGGAAAACAAAAAUUGGUAAUUGAAGACCUGCAAGAGAAAAUUGGAAAAUUCACCACUUAUUUGAUCCAGUGGUAUUUGAGAGCCUGAAUUUCACAUCUUUGUUCCUCUCUACAGUCAUUAGAGAAUAUGAAGCAUACAGUUCCCUGGUUGCUGAGACAACAAUUUCAGACAUGCUGCUUGUGUGCUAUUUUCUGAUUAUGUUGUAUUAAAUUUUUUAUUUUUGCCUUAAAUUUGUUGGCAUUAUGGGAUUAAUUAAUUUGAGGCACAUUUAAAAAAACAUAAAAUACAGCAGGAUGAUGGAUCUGUCUGUACAGACAUGCUUAAAAACUUGUUUGUAAUUAAUUAUUCUCUUUUCAUUAUCAUUCUUUAACAAGUACUGGGAAAUCGGACUUUACAGCUGUUACCAGUGAGAGAGAAAUCGGAUAUAAAAUCUUUCUGAAAGCUGUAUCAGGUGACACAUUGGAUGUAAGCAAUGUAUAUGACUGUUGAAUGGAAGGAUAAUGAGGCAGAAUUAAAACGUAAUGAGUUUAUUGUGUCCAGCCUUAGCAAUAUGUUCUUUAAAAGUAUUAUGAAGAACCCCCAAAAGAUGUAUUGUUAAAUCAUAUUUAUUGUGAAAAGUAACAUUCAAGAUGAUCUGGAGGUUUUGUGUGUGCAUAUUUUAGGAGAAAAGGAUUGUAAAUUUUGGGUUAUAUCAGAACCGGGAGUGAAAUCAUUAAAAAAAAAAAAAAAAACUGUAAAUCCAGUUGUUUCCACAAAUUGGUGUCAGCAGUUCUUACUUAGACAUACUAUACAGCCAGUUGCUUUUUUUUUUUAAAUAUAAUACAGCAUUAAUUUAAUGUGAGGCAGCCCCUACUGCAUCAUUUAAAGUAGAGCUGUCUUCUUGAGCAAAGGCUCAUUAUUGUGACUAGAAAUCUUUGUAUAGUUUAUAUGGGUUUGUUUCAGUUUUAUACUUCAAUGAGGAAAAAAUGUAAUAAGAACUUAAAGACAAUCUUAUGAAAAGGAUCUGAUUAUACAUAUAUUACUGACUUUAUACUAUAAUUUUUUUGUAUUGUGAAUUUUAAAAGGCAUAUUUUAGUGAGAAUAUUAUGUGAUACAUUACACUAAUUAUUAAUGGGUAUCAGGUUAGGCUCCAAUGUGUUAUAGUAUUGAUAAAUGAUAAUAAUGCAUAACCUAUUUUUGAACGUUUAUAUGAUCAGAUGGCAAUUUUGAUUUUUUUAACUAUGAAUUUUGAAUUCUCUGUCUUGUUAAAUAUUGGAAAUGUUUUCCUCCCACUUCCCAAAACACGUGCUGUUUAGGUAAAUUGGCAUUUCCAGUUGUGUGAGUGUGAUUAUGGAUUUGUGUGCGUGUGGGUCUGUGUGGCUGUAAGUGUAUGUAUACAUUUGUGUGGGUUCAGCAAUUGACUGGCGUUCUGUUUCAGUCUCUUUCCUGCAUUUUGCUGCUCACUCUUGUCAAGUUAGAUUUUGACCUUCCAUAAUCUUGAAUUGGAUUUAGUGGGUCUGAGAAUACUAUAUUAAUAUGUGAGGGCAAUAGUGCCUUUUCCCACCAUUCACAAAAAAAAAUGUUAUUUGCAUUAUUUUGCAAAGGCAUUGCAUCGUUUCUCUAUAAUUAUUGUGUUAUUAUUAUUCGGCCCAGUUUAGGGUCACAGGGAGCCAGUGAUUAUGACAACAGCAAAGAGUGUAAGGCAAGAAGCAACCUGCUGCUGCUGGUAACACGUGUGGAGGGAAAGGUUAAGAAUGUACUAGUCUGUAAUCAUCUGCCAAUAACUAAACGUACAUUUAAUUUUAAUCAUAUUAAAGUUUAGUGUUGGUGUUUUAAAAUAGUCAGAGUGUCAGAGCUGUCAUUCCUGCCUCACUGUGCCAGGCCCUGCAUGGGGUUUGCAGCUGUACAUGUCAGUUGCUUGUAUGCUGCAUGGGUUCUUAACUGCUCUUCAUUUGCACUCCCGAUUUUUAAUAGCCACAGUAAGCAAGAUCUUUGAAUACUUGAAAUGAGUCAGGAAUACUUCUCAGUUAACAAAAACGUUUAGUCCGUCAUGUGCUGUGAAGUAAGUAACACCCGUUUCCUUAUCCAUCAACCUCAACCCAUGAACAUUCAAGGUGUGAACACCAGACGCUGUGUCACCAGAUUCAACUAUGUCAAAAUAUCUAUUGUAAAUAGAUAAAUAAAAAUUAAACAGAUGUUAUCUAUAGGUUUAAGUUAGUGGUUUGUACUUAGCUCAUUAACUUCUGCUUGGCUAUACAGUUGUGCACUGCAAACCACAGACAAGUGUGGUGUUCACCAUGGUUGCUUCUUGCCUUACAGUCUCCUGUGGCACUAAACUGAGCCGAUUAAAUUUAUCCUUGAAGAAACUCAAUGUAUAUCUACGAUGUUUGUUCAGUUCUUGUCACUUGUUCAUAUGCUUUAUCCAUCACUAGCCGUCACAGGACGUCCAGAGCAUUUAUGUACACAAAAAUACAGACCUUACCAGGUAAUAUCUUUUGCAUAAUACCGUAGUACUUUUGCAAAAUAAUGCAAGAAUAUUUUGAGUGGUAUAAAUAAACUUGAAUAGACAAACUCAUAAUACACUGUUAAGAAAGCAUCCUUUUGCCUGCCUAUACCAAUGUAGAUACUUCGUUUCCAAAUGUUAGAAAGUCUCCAGCAGGAAUUAUGUCAUUUUCUCUGUUACUAUAACAGGUUGUUAAGCAUUUUGUCUACAAUUACUAUAUAUACCAGUUUAAAUUAAGAAAUUAUUAGAUGAUUGUGAAUAAUAGUGGAUAAUUAAUUGCUAAUUACAUUUAAUAAUGACACUGGAAUGAUUUCACAUUAAGAUGUUAUUCAAAGAUAAAUGUAUCUAAAUGAAGGAAAAAUAAUUUCAUAUUUACAAAGUUAAGUAGAUAUUUACUAAGAUUACUUGAUAUGCUUAUUUUAUCACCUGUUGCUUUCACUACAGUGUCUCUGCAGUGGUCCUUUAUGGCUUCUUGUUUUAAAAGAAAAUACAAUUAACCAUCUGCCCAUAAUCAAUGAAUUUAGAUGCAUUUUCCUCUAUGCUAAUGAAAUUAGUUUAGGAAAAGUCAGCAUCUUUCAUUUUCUUGACUGGUGACUAUUUGGUGAAAAGAUAUCCUAUGUUUUCGCACAUUAUUAAUUUGUAGGAUGCACAUAGAUAAGUAGUAUAGUACGAUUUUGAAUGAACAGUAGUCUGUUAUGUGUGCAAGUAUGCAUGUAUUGUUUGCCUGAACAUGCUCUUGUUCUCACUAACAAAAUGUAUUAGUUGCUAAAUUUGUAUAGCGUAUUUAGUUGAUUCAUUAUAUUGGUAGAGUAGCCAGAAUACAAGUAAUAAGGCCAGUUAGAAGAAAGGACAAUGCAAAAUAAAUGUACAGUCUUAGCUUCUGUUUUAAUUCCAGACACAUGAUACUCCUCUUUAGUUUAAUGCAACAUCUACUGUGUUAAUCUUGUGUUCAGCGUAUUAGUUUUUAAUUUUAAAUAUGAGCGAUCAGUGACACGUUUACUGUUUCAUGUUUCAGUUAGAGUAUACAAAUACACCUUUUGUGGUUGGUGGAUCAAAGUAUUGUUCAGAUAUAAUUACUUAUUAGAAUAGUAACAAAUAAGUGGUAAUUAAUAGCACUAACAGGACUAAUAUUGAGGUUUGAAAAUUUCUAAUCAGUUUGACUGUUUGCUGAGGUAAGCGUUUCUUCACCCAGGGUGCCUUACUUUUAAGACUGUAGCACUGUACAUGUUGGUACUGAAUUCCUCAGUUAUAUAUUUUAAUGUAACUUGUGUUAUUUAAUAAAUAUUGUCAUUUAAUUUUA